CCAGAAAUGAAAGUAAGAACGGGAACAGUACUGUGAUAUAUUUAACAGCACAGCUAUGCCUUCAGUUCUGUUUCGAGUGAAAGCCAAAUAGGAAGAAGCAAGCUGUGAGCCAAAAGAAUCUGCAUCUGCUGUGUGUGAGGAGCACUUGGAAGCAGAAAUGACAUUUUCAUACAAAAGCCUUCGUGAUAGUUAUGUUUCAAACAAACCGAGGUCGACCAGCUGUGUGACAUUAGCUGUGAUUUUGGGCUUUCUGACGGUUCUGGGGAUCCUACUUGCCAUCGCUGUGCUUGAAAGACCACCACCAUCCAGAGAUCAUGAGACACUUCCUGGGGAUGCUGGUGGGAGUAGUUCCUCUACAGACCAGUGCAGUAUGGUCCUGGUGGAGAGCAUCCCUCAGUAUGUGAAAUAUAAAGGCAAUGUAACGUUCGGGAUCCCUUUGGACAAAGCCUGGAAAGAUCUUCUCUCCAUGGCAACAGACCAACUAGAUGUGGCCUCCUUCUACUGGACGUUAACUGGGGAAGACAUCAACGUUAACUCUUCCUCCGACAUACCUGGAAAGGAAAUCCUGAAAGAACUUGAAGAGUUGCCGUCCAGGAAUGUUUCUGUUCGAGUGGUGACCAGCAUUCCCAGCGUUAGAACAAACUCCACAGAUUUAAAGGUCUUAAAAAAGAAAGGAGUUCAAGCGAGGAAGGUGAACUUUGGGCGCUUGACGAGGGGCGUCCUUCACAGCAAGUUCUGGAUUGUUGAUAGAAAACAUGUGUUUGUUGGAAGUGCCAACAUGGACUGGAGGGCUCUCACCCAGGUAAAGGAACUUGGAGUAGUUGUCUACAACUGCUCCCGUCUAGCAAAGGACCUGUACAAGAUUUUCCAGUCCUACUGGGUGAUGGGACAAUCCAACAGCUCCCUGCCACAGCCCUGGCCUGCAAAGUAUGACACUACCAUCAACAAACAUCACCCCCUGCUGGUGAAAACUGAUAACGUCUCCAGCAGACUUUACCUCGCAGCUUCUCCACCAUCAUUCUGUCCUCCAUCGAGGACUCAGGACCUGGAAGCUAUUCUCUCCAUCAUCUCGGAGGCCCAACACUUUGUCCAUAUAGCCGUCAUGGAAUACUUCCCCACCACGCGCUUUGAAAAGCCUCAGAGAUACUGGCCAGUCAUUGAUGAUGCCAUCAGGACGGCUGCAUUUGAGAGGAAGGUGAAGAUCCGGAUGCUGAUCAGCUGUGGGAAGGACUCUGAUCCAGCAAUGCUGCCUUUCCUUAAGUCUCUAGCCUCAAUGGACAGCCCUCACCGGGGUAUCAGUGUCCAAAUAAAACUGUACAUUGUGCCUGUGGGAAACCAGUCUGAUAUUCCAUAUUCCAGAGUCAACCACAAUAAAUACAUGGUGACUGAUAAAGUAGCCUACAUUGGUACCUCCAACUGGUCAGGAGACUAUUUCCAGACCACAGCUGGAGUGGGUCUGGUGAUUUCCCAGCAUGCUCCUGACCCUCUAUGGAAGACCAAGACCCUGCAGAGUCAGCUCAGGGCGGUCUUUGACAGAGACUGGCACUCGGAGUUUGCUGUGCACCUCUCUGAACUGGGACACCAUCCAGACUGUACGCUAUCAAGAUGACAGAAGUUUCCUCAUAGAAGUUACACUUAAAUAUAUUUUAUUAUCAACAAUCAAAUCAUAGCUGUGAUUUAUGUUGUUGUUUUUUGUUAUAUGUGUCAAAAUCAGCAGUUUUGGUAGAUUUUGCACUGCUAUGAAUGCUUAAAUAUAUAUCAAUUAUAUUGAGCAUGUGCUGAAAGUGAGGAUGAAAGAGAACAUUUUCAUAAAUCAAACCCUGACAUCAAAAGUUAAAAGCUUACCAGCUGUGUUGUCCUCAGUUGUGUGACUUUAUUAUCUAAUGCGCCUGUUGAGUUAUUGUUGAUAUUGUUAUAAGAUCUACUGGAUGUUUAUGGUUAAGCUAACCGUUGCAUGCAUAAUUCAUGAAUAUACUGUAUAAUCAUUAAAUAUACAUACAACAACCAAAAA